CCUUUAAUAACUUAAACUGGAUAUUAUAGUUGUAAACUGCCCUAGAGCUCCCUCUAGUGGCUGCUUUGUAAUAUGGGUUUGGUUACUUUAGGAAGGGAAAAAAUGAGAACGUGAAGAAGAAAUCAAAGAUGGCGGAAAGUGAUGCCGUAAUGUUAUUGUUCUAAGCUGAUACGGACCUUAAAAUGUUGUUGCCUUGGACAAGAUAUGUCUGUAAGUAUGAGUGUCGAUAAAAUAAUUAUUAUCUUUUGUUUUGUGUAAAAAUGGUACGAUAAUUUGUACAUUUGAAAGUUUAUCUUGUUAGCUUGCAGUAAGAGUGUAACAAGCUAGUUUACAAUGUUAGUUAGCUAAUACAGUAUUUUGUACUUUCAGUUUUACGAUGGUCAAAGAGAAGGCAAUGGUCAGAGGCCAUUCUUCAAUAAAUCAGCGCAAAUAGGAAAAUAAGUCUGGUUUUUGGAGCAUCGUUAUCUCGCUGUCUAGCUGGUGAAACUAAGAAACUCAGGGCGAGGACAGCAUAGUAAAAAGACAUUAGCGCAGCGGGCACAACCACGAGGAGCUAUUUUCAGCGCAUCCGUUAUGAGCCUACGGUCAGGAAAGCAAUAUCAACUGGAUCUUCCAGAAGAGGAAGAAACACCAGACCAAAGAGAAACAGAACAAGUGCACAACGCAGAGGAUAUGGAGAACAAGGAUAAUGCAAGCAACGCAGACACACAGACAGAGUCUAGACGCUCGCGUACAUCUAAGCGUUCAUCCACAAGUUCUGCAGCGCUUAAAGCACGAGCAAAAGCAGAGAUUGCACGUGCACAGCUGGCUUAUUCAGAAAGAGAAGCAGCUAUAAUGAAACAAAAAACUGAACUUGAGGCUAAUUUACAUGUUUUGAGUUGUCAAAAGGCUGUUGCAGUUGCAGAAGCAGAGGUUGCAGUUUAUGAAGAAGAGGAGGAGGGACUCUCAAAAAGUGAACUGCGCUAUCCAUUGGUGGGACCACCCGCUAGUCCAAAACAACGCACAGCAGAGUAUGUACAAAAACACUCAGAUAUUUGCCUUGAAGGAUUCAAACUAAAAGUAGAUCCACUUGCCUGUCACAAAGCUGCACGUGAACAAUGCGAAAUGGCUAUGAAUGCAGAGACAGACAAUGACGGCUCACACAGUGCUCAAAAGGCUAAUGUUAAAGUGGAACUCCAAACACAACAGAGAGAGAGACUGGAUUCCCCCAAACCUUAUCCGUUCAACACUCUUCAAACAUCAACAGAGGUACAGGGUGUCCAGGAUAUUACAAGGUACCUGACACGGAGGGAAAUGUUAAGUACUGGACUUUUGCAGUUUGAUGACCACCCAGAAAACUACUGGGCGUGGAAGGCAUCAUUUCAAAGUGCUAUUAAAGACUUGCAUGUUACAGCUCAAGAGGAGCUAGAUUUAAUGGUCAAAUGGCUUGGAGUUGAGUCUGGUCAGCAGGCCAAAAGAAUCCGAUCAGUCCAUGUCUUUAAUCCAGCUGCAGCUCUCAACCUUGUGUGGCAAAGACUCGAGGAAUGUUAUGGAUCUCCAGAAGUGGUAGAAAAUGCACUGUUAAAAAAGAUUGAACAGUUUCCCAAACUAAACAACAGAGACAACACAAAGUUAAGAGAGCUGGGUGAUGUUCUGCAGGAAAUAGAAUGUGCAAAAGAUGGAGGAUACCUACCAGGCCUCUCAUAUUUGGACACAGCUCGCGGAGUCAACCCCAUUGUGGAAAAGUUACCCUAUGGACUGCAGGAAAAAUGGAUUGCAGCAGGAGCAAAGUACAAAGAAGAACAUAAAGUUUCUUUCCCCCCUUUCAGUGUCUUUUCAAAGUUUGUAAGACAACAAGGCAAAAUAAGAAACGACCCAAGCUUUGUCAUCACACCUCCUGCCGACACAAGCUUCAAGAAGGAGAAAAGCUUCAGAGGCAGUAACAGGCAAGUGAUUAGUGUACACAAAACGGACAUUCCUACAGACACUAGUUCACCUCAAAAUAGUUACAGCAAGCCAAUAGAAAGCCCUGACAAGGUAUGCCCAAUACAUAAGAAGCCUCACCCUCUUAAAAAGUGCAAGAGUUUUAGAGCAAAGCCCAUAGAUGAGCGCAAGUCAUUUUUAAAAGAGAACAGAAUCUGUUUUAAAUGCUGUGGCUCUACUCAACAUCUAGCAAGAGACUGCAGGGCUCAAAUAAAAUGCAUGGACUGUGGUAGCGACAGGCAUUUAGCAGUGCUACAUCCAGGUCCACCCCCUGCGCCAGCUGAGAGCUCUGAAGCUGAUAAAGAUGAUGGCGGGGAGACACAGGAUAGUGCAAUUGCCUCAGUUGUUUCCAAAUGCACAGAAGUCUGUGGUGAUGCAGAUAGCCCACAUUCAUGCUCAAAAAUAAGUCCUGUGUUAGUCUAUCCAGAAGGCGAAAAAGAACGGGCUAGAAAGAUGUAUGCAGUGCUUGAUGAACAAAGUAACAAGUCACUAGCUAAGUCUCAGUUUUUUGAGCUCUUUAAUAUUAAGACACACUCAGAGACUUACAAGCUCAGAACAUGCUCAGGACUGUCAGAUAAUGUCAGCAGAACAGCAGUAAACUUCAUGAUUGAGUCAAUGGAUGGUAAAGUGAAGCUCCCACUCCCAAACCUGAUUGAAUGUGACAUGAUUCCAGAUGACAGGAGAGAGAUUCCCUCUCCACAAGUGGCCAUGAAGUUCCCACACUUACAGAAGAUAGCUGAAAAAGUACCUCCUGUAGAAGAACAAGUACCUAUUCUGUUGCUUUUGGGAAGAGACAUUAUACAGGUACACAAAGUCAGAGAGAGAAUCAAUGGGCCACACAAUACGCCUUAUGCACAGCGUUUGGAUUUAGGCUGGGUUAUAGUUGGGGAAGCCUGCAUGGGGAAGACGCAUAAGCCCCCUAAUGUGAGUGUUCUCAAAACACAUAUUCUUCAGAAUGGCCGUGCUUCUUACCUCUGCCCAUGUCCUAACACGUUUCAAAUCAAAGACCAGUUAAACACCACACCUAACCCCAAAAAGGACAGGGGAAACACAAACACCAAUCAACUGGGAGAAACUGUUUUUGACAGGACAAAGGAAGAUGACAAACCAGCACUGUCAGUAGAGGACAAAGACUUCAUUGACAUCAUGGAGAAGGAGGUAUAUCAAAACGAAUGUAACAGCUGGGUGGCGCCUUUGCCAUUCCGCUCUCCAAGACCAAAGCUUCCGAGUAACAGAGAGCAAGCAUUCAAGCGCCUCCAAUCUCUCAGAAAGACACUGGACCGGAACCCUGAAAUGAAAAGACAAUAUAUCGAAUUCAUUCAAAACAUGCUGGACAAUGACCAUGCAGAAGUCGCUCCACCUUUGGACUCAAACAAAGAACAUUGGUACUUGCCAUCCUUCGGUGUAUACCACCCACAAAAACCUAAUCAGCUGAGAGUAGUCUUUGACUCAAGUGCAGAAUUUGAAGGACAGUCCCUUAACAAAGUCUUAUUAAGUGGACCCGACCUAAAUAACACACUACUAGGUGUCCUUAUGCGUUUUAGGAAAGAGCCUGUAGCAUUUUCAGCUGAUGUGCAACAAAUGUUUUAUUGUUUUGAAGUGAGAGAGGAUCAUAGGGAUUAUCUGAGAUUCCUUUGGUAUGAAGAUAAUGAUCCCGACCAAGGUAUUUGUGACUAUAGAAUGAGGGUUCAUGUUUUUGGGAAUAGCCCUUCCCCAGCUGUGGCUAUUUAUUGUAUGAGGCGUGCUGCAGUCGAGGGAGAAGAAGAGCACGGACAUGAUGCAAAGCAGUUUGUAAUGAGACAUUUUUAUGUUGAUGAUGGUCUCGCAUCCACAGCAACAGUGGAAGAAGCUGUUGAGACACUCACAAGCGCUCAAAAGAUGCUGGCACAGUCAAACUUAAGGCUACAUAAAAUAGCCUCUAAUGACCACAAAGUAGUGGAAGCGUUUCCUGCUGCUGAGAGAGCCAAGGAUCUAAAAGACUUGGAUUUAGAGUUGGACGACAUACCCCUGCAAAGGAGCUUGGGGGUACUGUGGAAUCUUAAAAAUGACUGUUUUACCUUUCACGUCACCACUGAACAAAAGCCGUUCACCAGGAGAGGUGUCUUGGCCACUGUUAACAGUCGGUAUGACCCGCUGGGUUUCGUGUCACCCAUCACAAUGCAGGGAAAAGUUCUUCUCCGUGAAUUGACCUCAGAGCAAAAGGACUGGGAUGAAUCACUUCCUGCAGAAAGAGAAGAUGAAUGGAGCAAAUGGAGAAGCUCAUUGAAGGAUCUUGAGCGGCUACAGAUACCGAGGUGCUACCUCCCAUUCUCCCAGGCCAUUGCUGUGAAAAAAGAACUGUGCAUAUUUUCAGAUGCCUCCACCAUGGCCGUAGGAGCAGUGGCAUAUCUGAGAGCUCUUGAUGGUGAAGCUUCGAGGACGACUUCAGACCCAAAAGAUGGCAGAUUUACCCGUGGACAGGCUGACACCAAUGCCACCGUUCACUAGUGUAGGACUGGAUGUCUUUGGACCCUGGACGGUCACCACACGUCGCACCAGAGGAGGAAGUGCAGACAGUAAACGCUGGGCUGUGCUUUUCACCUGCAUGUCCACGAGAGCUGUGCACAUUGAGCUCAUUGAAUCAAUGUCAACAUCCAGCUUCAUCAAUGCCUUAAGGAGAUUUUUCUGCAUCCGUGGACCUGCUCAGAUACUCAGAUCUGAUAGAGGUACAAAUUUUGUUGGAGCAUGCAAUGAGUUGCAAAUUGAUCACAAGGACACAGAACUAAACUUAUACCUGCAAGAAAAAGGAUGCACAUGGCUGUUUAAUCCUCCACACUCGUCACACAUGGGUGGAUCGUGGGAGAGACUUAUUGGAGUUGCAAGGCGCAUCCUAGAUGGUAUUCUGUUGAAAGCCGUACAUGUCCAACUAACGCAUGAAGUGUUAAGUACAUUCAUGGCAGAAGUAAUGGCAAUAAUGAAUGCAAGACCACUUGUACCAGUCUCAACAGAUCCAGACAAACCAAACCUUCUCACUCCAGCAAUGCUCCUUACACAAAAGGUCAAUGCAUUAUCUGCACCAACAGAAAGCUUUGGACCGCCAGACCUCUACUCAAAGCAAUGGAAGCAAGUACAGUGUUUGGCUGACUCUUUUUGGAAACAAUGGAAAAGUGAAUAUCUUUCAACACUACAGCAAAGGAGAAAAUGGACUGAUGAGAAAACAAACAUAAGAGUUGGUGAUGUUGUGUUAUUGAAAGAUGCUCUCGCACACAGAAAUGACUGGUGCAUGGGAAAAGUUGUAAAAACAUUUGAGAGCAAGGACAAUAAGGUUCGAAAAGCAGAAGUAAAGACUGUGAAAGAUGGAAGUGAAAAAGUGUUUUUGAGACCCAUCACUGAUAUGGUUUUGCUUUUAUCAAGUGAUAAAUAAGUGUGUUUGUAAUAGCCGUAAACUGUUCUAAAUGUUUAUUAGAAAA